UCAAACCUUUAGGCGAUCCGCCAUUUCUCAAGUUGGUUUGACGAAAAUCGCAAAAAUCGACAAUAAAAACCAUGAAUUUUAUUUACCCAACAAUUGCCAUAAAUGUAUAACAGUGCGUUUAAACUAAAACAAACUUUUGACAAGGUUUUUUCAAGAUUUCCAUCAUAGAAAAGUGCCAAUGUGAAUUUGCUAUGAGGCUAAAACAAAGCCUCAAUGCCCCCAGUAGAAUAGAUAAUGCACAAAAUCGCAAAGGGCUUGAAAAAGAAGAAAAAAGGGAAAAAGUCCAAACACAAGGAGGAGGAGCUCUUCAAACCGGAAGAGCUUGAAGCUUACAGAAGAGAACACGCCGCUACAGGAGAAGAAGGAUCGGCUAAAAACGAAGAGUGGAAAAAUUUCCUAUCGCUAACUUCGGGAGUCGAUGACAUUUUAAAGAAAACCCAAGACGAUCUAGAUCGAAUAAAGAGUACGUCCUUCUUUCAACGUAUUCCACCAUCAAGCAAAACAGAGAAAGAGAAGAAACCAGAACCUUCCCAAACAAUAGUUGAGAAUAAAAAAGAAGAUCCGGUACUCAAACAAGAAGACCCUUCUCAAUUGGGUAUCGUCCCUGUAUCUGAAUCAGAAUCUGAAGAAGAAGAAGAUGAUGAUAUUUUUGACACGACCUACAUUGACGCUAUUGCAGCUGGAGAAGUAAAGCUAGCAUACAUUCCAGAGUCGCCAACAGAAAAACAAGAAGGAGACGAUCCUUUCGACACAUCUAUAGCCGAGAGAGCUAUCUUAGGACCGGCUGUAGAGCGAAAAGGCAAGAAAUUAGUACCUUUGGGUGCUGCUGUAGAAGUACUUACUGGACGAGUACAACUACCCACUUGUGCUACUAAACCCGUAUCGUCUAGAAGACAGAUAUUGAAGCAAAGAGACUUGCUAUUAGGCAGUUUUGACAACAGCGAAAACGUACCUCCUACAAAUAGUACCGCAGUUACAGAAUCGCCAGAGCAAAUCAAAACUCUUCUUGAUGAUGAUGAAAUUCCAUUGCCCGACGAACCAAUCGACUUAAGUAAAACACUUUAUAUUCCUCCACCUCAACCACUCGACACAGCAGAAGAUAAAUCAAAAAAUAUCGUCAAAGAAUUUGAAGACGACGAGGACAAAGAGUUUGAAGCUCUAGCUGCCGAGAGUUUAUCAAAAACUCCCCUUAGUGUUGUCACUAGUGAAGUACUACAACAAACAGUAGUACCAGUGGGCGUUGUAGAAGACGCGAGUAAUUGGAAACCAUUUGGAUCAGACGAACCAAAAACAGAUGACUUAGAUACAGAAGUUUUUGAAGACGAUCCGUUCGACACUACAUUUGCUGAAAGAAUUCUUCCAGGCAAGGCCGAACUCAAAUUAAUUGAAAAAGAAAUUCUAGAAAACGAUGUCGAUUUUGAUCCAAGAGCUGAACAAGCGAACAGUCAAUCUGUAUUACUAAAAGACCGUAUACCAGAAUCUCAACUCAACCUUAUAACCCCCGUACAACGCGAUCUUCUUGGUGGAAGCACCAGUGAUCUCUCUAAACUAGGAGACGCUCCCAUUCAACCUACAGGAGAUCAGAAUUCUGAAGACAUCAAAUAUUGCGAUCCAUUUGACACAUCAUUGAUUGACUCUAUUAAAGCUCCGGGCCAGGCAGAACUAAAAUUCUUAGAAAAAGAACUACUAGGUGACAUUAAAUCCACUACGUCAGUUUUAAACAAAACCGAGUCAGUGGAAGACGACGAUUUUGAUCCUAGAGCUACAGAAUCCAGGCCAAAAGAGCGUACCCUUUCCAGACCGGACGUACUAAACGUUGGUCAGUCAAAAUCUGUUUCUUUUUCGGUACCGGGCUCAGAAAAAGGUUUAUUGGGUUUGGACGAGGGAUCAAAGGUACCGAAACCUUUAACGCCGUUUUACGUGCGUAAAAACUCGGUUCCUGGAACUCAAAGUUCCGAGGAAGACGACCAGGAUCCUUUUGAUACAUCGUUUGUAUCGAGUUUGGCCCCGGGUAAGGCAGAACUGAAAGUGAUUGAAAGUGAAUUGUUCGAUUCCAGCACUGCGAGUGUUUUGGACGAUCAAGACUUCGAUCCUAGAGACGAAGCUAAAGUUGCCAAAGUAACGGUCGUAGAGGCGAUCAAAGAAAUAGCCAAUCCCAAGCCUAAACCGGAUGUUUUGCCUUUAGCAACUCAAUCGCUGGAUUUGUUAUCAGCUUCUAACGACACUUCAGCCAAAGUUCUUACUCCAGUCACCACAGUUGCCGAAACUACAAAAUUAUCUUACGCCGAUCCGUUCGACACUUCUAUAGCCAAGAAUAUUUUACCUGGCAAAGCCGAAUUGAAGCUUCUGGAAAAUGAGUUAAUUAAAAAGAAAGAAGAACUUACGGAACCAAAUAGAGAUCUCCUCGUGCACAGUGGGGAUACUAUAAUCGAAAAACCUCUUUCUCCGGAACUGGAUAUUGAAAUCGAGGAAGAUAAUUUCGAUCCCUUCGAUACAAGUUUUGCCAGUAAUAUUCAGCCGGGUAAAGCCGAAUUGAAAGUUUUAGAAUCUGAGUUAUAUAAUCGGUUAAAAAUGGCUGUAAAUCCGUUUCUGUUUCAAGAUGAGGGCUUCGGAUCCCCGGAGAAUCAGUUUCAAAAUAAUUCUAAUCCGUUUCUUAUGGAGGAAGAACCGGCACACAAUGAUCAGAUUUUGGAUGAUAACCCGUUUCUGUCACAGUCUGCUGUGGCGGUUACAAAUCCUUUCGCAUUCGAUCCCAUGGACUUGGAACCGGCUGAAGCGCAAGUACCAAAUAACGUGCCUACUUCAAAUGCUUUCGGUGAUAUGUCUAGUACUUCUCAAGAUUUCUUUUCAACCGGUAGUAAUACUACUGCAACAACCAACGCAGAUUUAUUAUCGGGGUUUUCGACAAAUACCAGCAUAAACAAUUUUGUAAGUCAGCCAGAACAGAUUACUACCACUGCACAAAAACCUUCUGACUUAGAUUUAAAAUACUCACAUCAAUCGUUCAAUGGACCUGCUAGGCCUCCACCACCUCGUCCGACUCAGAGUAAAGAGACUCAAGACCUUCUCAUGUCGGUUAUGGGUGCAAUGGAUGCCACCAGCUCACAUUUACUAGACAAAAUUCCUCCAACACGAACUCCAAGUCCAGUUUCUAUGAGAGACUUACAAUCACCAAGUCCCACUCCUGAGCCCACGUUUGGUGAUCUUCUAGACGUCGGAGAAUCAACUCAUAAAGCUCCAGAACCAGCUCAAGAAGAUUUACUGUCUUUAAAUAGUUCUACUCAAGCUGUGCAUGAUAUUAAUCAAAAUCCUUCGGUUACACAGGUUCCUCAGAGGCCUGUCAUGCCUCCUUCGAGACCUGCUCCUCCAGUCAGACCCCCGCGGCCGGCGCCUCCUCAAAAACCACCUCCUCCUCCUAUUACCGCGCGUUCUCCAAACUUUCCGCCAAAUCCAGUACCUUCCAGUCAAGCUUCCAAUGCUUUCGGGCUAAGCCAAAAUGUUAACAAACCUACGGAACCCACUCAAAAAGCUCCAGAAGCACAACAGAACCAAGCACAAAACGACAUCAUGGAUAUGUUCGACGUAUCUGUGAGUCAGCAGCCUAAAGUUGCCUCUAAGGCGGAUAUUUUGAAUUUGUAUAACGUUCCAAAGCAAGAAAAAGUUCAGCCGGAUCUUCUCUGUGACGUAGGCUUUGAGGCAGAAAGUAAAACUCCUACUAUAACGGAGAACUUAGUUAGUGAGGAUUUACAAAUAAAAGAGGAAGAUUCUGGUUUUGUAGGUGAAGCAAAUGAUGACUUGACCCCUACAAACCAACCGGAAGUAGCAAAAGAUAACGUUCUGAGUCCCGAACCUUCAGCUGAAUUGCAAAUGGACACUAGCGAUAGUCAGAGUAAAGGAUCGGUGUCUAGUGUAACUUUUAAUCCUUUCUCUGUCUCUGACGACUUCGGGACUCAGAGCAAGGAACCCGACUUGCAGCAGGACAAUUUGGAUAGCGUGUUCAAAAAGGAAACGGACAAGAUGGACAUUUUUAGUACCCCUGCCCCCGCACCGACGCCUAUACCUGGAGCUAACUCGGAAGGUUUUGAUUUUGACAGCGCUGUGACCAAUACUACCACGAAUGUAGCUCAUUUUCAACCAGUUCAUGAUGAAUUUGAUGCAUUCGCUGAGAAAUUCGAGUCAGUUAAGUCGGAUGAAAACAAAAACGGAGGUUUUGAUGCUUUUGGUGGUGGUGUUGUGCAAGGUGACGAUGUUUGGGGUAAUGAUUUCGGUAGUUCUAACCAGACGGAGAGUGGUUUUGGUAAUGAUGGUGGAUUCGAUGAGUUUCUUGCGAUGAGAGCUCCUCCUGGAGGUAAGCGGCGUGAUAGUCAGGAUUCAGAUGAAGAAAAGGAUUUUUCUGUCGUUAUCAGACCGAAAACAGAGGAUGCAUUCUCUGGAAUAACGCCAAUUCUGGCUCCUCCACCUGCUCAAACUCAAGUUGCCUUCUCCGAUACUUCUCCAAGAUUUAAUCCGUUUGAUCAGCAAACUGAUGUUACCGCAGCUGUACCUCAAGAUCAGGCAGUACCAUUCAGUACUGAACUUAAACGCUCAGAUUCUCAAGAAUCGCCUUCCACACCUCUCUUCGACGACGACACAUCUCAGCCUUUAGAAGACUUCCCAAGAAUAAAAUAUAACGGAGAAGGAUGGGAGAUGCAUCUUAGACAACCAAACAAGAAAAAAAUUACCGGACAAAGAUUCUGGAAGAAAGUCCUGUUGAAGUUGCAGUAUCAGCAGGAUUGCGUGCUGUUGCAAUUGUAUAAUCAACAGUCAGAUAAAGAUCCUUUCCAAGAAUUGCCACUGCAACCUUGCUACUCAGUGUCCGAAAUAGGUGCUCAGCAAUACGACCAAUUCGGAAAGAUAUUCACCAUCAAGCUCCAGUACAUAUUUUACAAGGAGCGGCCUGGUGUCCGGCCUGGUCAAGUGAAAAAAGCCGAAAGAAUCACAAAUAAACUGAGUCAGUUUGCUGCUUAUGCCAUUCAAGGAGAUUACCAAGGUGUAAAAGAAUUUGGAAGCGACUUAAAAAAGCUAGGAUUGCCCGUCGAACACGCACCUCAGGUCUCCCAAGUGAUGAAAUUAGGCUCGUUGAGCUACGAGGACUUAAAACAAUUUUCUUUUUGUAUUGAAGAAGCCUUGUUUAGGCUGCAAGCGCACAGAGACAGAGCCUUACAUUACAAAAUGGAGGAAGUUCAGGUUACUGUCGUUGACGAAUUGUAUGUGGAACAAAGCUCGGAAGGAUACGUUGAAAAACAAAUUGCUCGAGUUAGGUUAUUCUUCUUGGGCUUUUUGACAGGAAUGCCGGAUAUUGAAUUAGGUAUAAACGAUAUGAGGAGACAAGGAAGAGAAGUUGUAGGUCGCCACGAUAUUAUACCAGUGGUAACCGAAGAAUGGAUUAGGUUAGAAAAUGUAGAAUUCCAUUCGUGUGUUCAACAGGACGAAUAUGAAAAUACUCAUAUAAUAAAGUUUAAACCACCAGAUGCUUGUUACAUAGAGUUGAUGCGCUUCAGAGUUAGGCCGCCCAAAAAUAGAGAACUUCCUUUACAACUGAAAGCUCAAAUUUGUGUUACUGGAAUGAGGGUUGAACUGAGAGCUGAUGUACUAGUACCGGGAUUCGCAUCAAGAAAGCUGGGCCAAAUUCCAUGCGAAGACGUCAUGAUCAGAUUCCCCAUUCCGGAAUGUUGGAUCUACAUGUUCAGAGUGGAAAAACAUUUUAGAUAUGGUUCGGUCAAAUCAGCACAUAGAAGGACAGGAAAAAUUAAAGGAAUUGAACGUAUCUUAGGCACCAUGGAUGCUCUACAAGAAAGCUUAAUAGAAGUGACGUCAGGACAGGCUAAAUACGAGCAUCAACACAGAGCAAUCGUGUGGAGGUGUCCGCGCUUACCAAAAGAAGGCCAAGGCGCUUACACCACACACAACAUGGUGUGCAGGAUAGCUUUGACAAGCUUCGAUCAGAUGCCAGAGAAAUUGGCAGAAUAUUGCUACGUGGAAUUUACUAUGCCUGCGACUCAAGUGAGUCAUACGACGUGCAGAAGCGUGAGUCUGCAGAAUUCCGAUUCGGAUGAGCCGCCUGAAAAAUAUGUCAGAUACCUUGCUAGGCACGAGUACAGGGUCGGAAUAGAGCAUACAGAGGGCGAGGCACCAAACGCCUAUUCUUCGGCGACCUACGUCAAAACUACUGCCCCAGCAGCUGCGGCACCAGCCCCAGAAAAACCGGCCCCAGUGGCAGAAGAGUCUAGUUCUGAUAGCGAUUAGACUGACAGGAAGUUUGACCAAAACGAUAACCAUUGAUAUAAAGGUUGUAUACGCCUAUUUUAUUUAAAUUUCUAUACCUACAUCAAUGUAAGAUUAAAGACUUUAAAGGUAUUAUAAAGAAACUAGGUACUAGAUACUGUAAUGUUGUCAUGUGUACUUAAAAAUGUAAGACUUCAUAGUAUUUUUAUGUCUGCUUCACAGAACUAAACGGAGGUGCAAAUAAAAUAAUUAAUUAUUAAAAAGAAAUCAAAUAACAAGUGAAACUCCAUGGAUGUCUAAUACAGUUAAUUUUUAAAUACCUACAGGAGAAUUAUUGGGUUUCUUAGUUAUAUCACAGAUUAGGUAUACUAUAUGUAUACAGAUAAAAAUCUUAUCCCUAAUUCGUGGUACGAAAAUUGUUUUUUAUGACGAUGUGCAAACG